AUGAGUGCUAAUGAAACCAACCUUGAUGAUGAAUUAAAAGAACAAUUGACCGAAACAAACAAAAUAGGAUCUGGACAAUUUGGUUGGGUUUACAGAGUAACCAAGGACCAUAGCAAAUAUGCUCUCAAGGAAAUCCAAUUGACAGAACAACUGAAUGAAGAUGAGAAGAAAUAUCUCAGAGAGCUGUCAAUCAUGGAAAAGCUGGACGACAACCAUGUGGUCGGGUAUGUCAUGUCGUGGACUACACCCACCGUUAUAUACAUAAUGAUGGAGUUGUGUGAAUGCGAUCUCAAUGUAUUGAUUGAAUCCAUGAAAAAGAUAUUUAAGUCUAAAGACAAUGUAGAGCCCAACCAUUUCGAGUACUUUGUGUCGUAUCAUAUAUUUCAUGAGAUAGCACAGGGAGUCCAUUAUAUUCACACCCAAACACCCCCUAUAAUGCAUCGGGACCUUAAGCCAACAAACAUCUUAAUGGCAAGUGAUGGUAGUUUGAAGCUAGGUGAUUUUGGGUUGGCUAAGGUUAGGGACAAAGGGUCGGUCACACACACUGCAGGUGUCGGUUCAGAGAGGUUUAUAGCACCGGAAGUAAGUAUUAGUAGUAAUAAUCAUCAUUACAACGAGUCGUGCGAUAUGUUCAGUUUGGUUUGGCGAUACCAAAUGAAAGUGACUCGCAAAGAAUCACAGAUAGAAUAA